CGCGAGUCAAUGCUGACCGACAAGAACAGCGGUGACAUGGUCUGUACCAUCAUCUUACCCGCUUCGUAACACUUCAUGGCCAUGAAACGCAAUGCCGAAGCCGGAUCCUCUCACCAUCCUGCUAAGCGUGCGCGGAUCCUGGAAGAUCAAGAGGAUAUUCCAAUAGACUAUAAUGAGGAAGAUGCCAUUCCACCUUCGCCUCCAGACGACCCGUCCGACGGCUUAGUCCCGCGUAGUGCGACCAUCAACUUCAGUGCCCUUACGCGCAAGCUGGCGCAAACCCGACGGCCAGGUGAUGAUCCUGUGGACUUGUCCUCGCUCGAGAUACAUCGUCGGAAUCAAGACAAGCUUGUUUCCCACAUAUUUAUGCAGCAAGACUUUUCCUGGCUUCACUUGAAGCCCGACCAUGCCUCUCGCCCUCUGUGGAUCAGUCCUGAAGACGGACACAUUAUUCUGGAGGCGUUUUCACCUAUCGCAGAGCAAGCUCAGGAUUUCCUCACAGCGAUUAGUGAACCUGUCAGCCGACCUGCCUUCAUUCACGAGUAUAAGCUCACUUCAUAUUCGUUGUACGCGGCUGUUUCUGUUGGACUUCAAACGGAAGACAUCAUCGAGGUUUUGAAUCGAUAUUCCAAAGUUCCCCUACCCGAAAGUAUCACAGCUUUCAUACGCGAGCGAACACUCAGUUACGGCAAAGUCAAGCUGGUCCUGAAGCACAAUAAGUACUUCGUAGAGUCAAGUCAUCCAGAGACGUUGCAGCUUCUUCUGAAAGAUAGGACCAUACGUGAGGCGCGAGUGGUCACUACUCAAACGGACACAAGCAUCAAAGCUGCGACUUUCACCACUUCCAAAGCUCCUGUAAAGGGCAGUCUCAUCAUUCCCGGGACUAAAGAAGCCGAACGGAAGGAGGACAAUGGGAUAGCGGCCGACAAUAACCCAGACCUAUUCACUUCCGUUGUCGGUGUCGAAGCUGAUGAAGUCGAGGAAGAUGACGAAAACGUUCAUGCUUUUGAAAUCGACGACACAAAGAUCGACGCGAGUGGAUGAGGUUAUUGUGUCGUAUUGCUCGCUGACAAUAUGCAACAUCUAGGAUGUGAAACGACGAUGCAAUGAGCUGGAAUAUCCCAUGCUGGAGGAGUACGAUUUCCGAAAUGAUACGGUCAACGCCAAUCUUGAGAUCAGUCUCAAACCCGCUACCAUCAUCCGACCCUAUCAAGAGACCAGUCUUAGUAAGAUGUUUGGGAAUGGGCAAGUCGACAAUCUUAGGCGGUGGCUCGGAACUUACUCCAACACAGUCGUGCUCGGUCCGGUAUCAUUGUCUUGCCGUGUGGUGCGGGCAAAACUCUCGUCGGAAUCACUGCUGCAUGUACAAUCAAGAAGUCGUGCUUAGUUCUCUGUACUUCUUCUGUCUCUGUUAUGCAAUGGCGACAACAAUUUCUGCAAUGGUCUAAUGUCACCGAAAAGCAAAUUGCUGUUUUCACCGCCGACCAGAAGGAAAGGUUUGCGGGAGAUAGUGGUAUCGUGGUGUCCACCUAUUCCAUGGUAGCCAACACGCACAAUCGGUCUCACGAGUCGAAGAAGAUGAUGGAAUUCUUGACUUCCCGGGAAUGGGGCUUUAUCCUUCUAGACGAAGUCCACGUCGUUCCUGCUGCGAUGUUCCGCCGUGUGGUCACCACUAUCAAAGCCCACUCCAAGCUUGGUCUGACCGCAACCUUGGUGCGAGAAGAUGACAAAAUCGCGGAUCUGAAUUACAUGAUCGGACCUAAGCUGUACGAGGCGAACUGGAUGGACCUUGCCGCCAAGGGACACAUCGCCAACGUACAGUGUGCCGAAGUCUGGUGUCCGAUGACCCCCGAAUUCUACCGUCAAUAUCUUCGAAUCCAGAAUCGCAAGCGCACUCUGCUGUAUUGCAUGAAUCCCAACAAGUUUCAAGCAUGCCAAUUUCUCAUCAAGUACCACGAGGAUCGCGGCGACAAGGUCAUCGUAUUCUCCGAUAAUGUCUAUGCUCUUGAAGCUUACGCGAAACGACUGGGCAAGCUUUACAUCCAUGGUGGCACAGGCCAAACGGAGCGAAUGCGCAUUCUCUCCUGGUUUCAGCACAGUCCGAAAGUCAAUACCAUCUUCCUCUCUAAAGUCGGAGAUACAUCUAUAGACCUUCCUGAAGCCACUUGUUUGAUCCAGAUCUCCUCCCAUUUUGGAUCCCGCCGCCAAGAAGCUCAAAGACUGGGGCGAAUCCUGCGGGCGAAACGACGAAACGACGAGGGCUUCAAUGCCUUUUUCUAUUCGCUCGUCUCGAAGGACACUCAAGAGAUGUACUACUCCACGAAACGACAACAAUUUCUGAUUGACCAGGGCUAUGCCUUCAAAGUCAUUACGCAUCUGGACGGUCUCGACAAGAUGGAAGAUUUGGUUUAUCGUACCCGCGACGAGCAGAUUGAAUUGGUGCAGUCUGUGUUGCUUGCAAGCGAGAGUGAGGCCGAUCUUGGAAGCGAUGUCCGGCACAACGACGGUGACCUGCAGGGGACCAUUACCACCAAGGACUUUGGCCGCCUUCCCCAGAGCCGGAUGCCUGCUGCUCAGCGGACAACGGGCUCUCUCACUGCUCUGAGCGGCGGCGCCCAUAUAUCUUACAUGGAACAGAACAAGUCUGCCAACAAAAAGCUUCCCAAGGAACCUCCUCCUCGGCACAAGCUCUUUGCCAAACGCGACAAGGACAUUGCUGCCGCCAAAAAGGCUGCCAGGCAAGGGUGAUAUAUGUACAUACCUAUGUAAUUUUUGUGUCGUAAAAUGAUGCGAACUCGGUAAAGUGCGCUUCGGUAAAAAAAAAUCCGGAACCUGCCGUCGG